AUGACUCUGGAAAGGAAAUUCGAUUCGCGGCUCGGAGGGAGCAAGGCAGUGGGAGCUACUUGGAGAUUAACUGGUGGCGCGUCGAGGCGUUGGGGGGGAGGGCGCAGGGCGGGCCCUGUGCCGCUAUGCUCUUACGGGUUACGUGACACGUGGCAGCGCGAGAGCGGUCGCCGCACGCCGCUCUCAUUCGCUCGCGCUGCAGGCGGCUCGGACGCCCUGGUGUCCCGUCUCGCCCUGGCCUCAGUCCUCGCUUCGCACCGAGGCUGUGUGAACACCGUCGCCUUCACGCCAUCCGGGUCCCAUCUCCUCUCGGGCUCGGACGACCAGCGCAUUGUGCUCUGGGACUGGGCCGCAGCCAGGGAGGUGCUCAAGUGGCGCUCGGGCCAUGGCAAUAAUGUGUUCCAGGCGCGCGCCCUGCCGUGUGGGAAUGACCGGACCAUCGUCACGUGCGCUGCUGAUGGCCAGGUGCGGGUGAGUCUGUUGUCGGAGAGUGCAGCGGUGGGUACGGUGCGCCUGGCGAGGCACAGGGGACGAGCACACAAGCUGGCCGUGUUGCCGCACUCGCCGCUCUGCUUCCUCAGCUGUGGGGAGGAUGGGGUGGUGCGGCAUUUCGACCUACGAGCCCCAAAGCCCAGCACGCGCGUCCUCACAGUGACCACCACACUUGCCAUGCGAGCACGGCAGCCCCUGCCGCUCAACGCUGUUGCACACAACCCCGCCCGCCCGCACCUCUUUGCUGUGGGCGGGGCGGACGAAUUUGCCCGUGUCUACGACUUGAGGAGGUGGGUGCGGUUGCAAGUGCUCCUCUCAUCAUACAACGACGAGCUCAUCUACCUCUUCCACCCACACCACUCCCUCGGCCCUGACCCCCUCUCCAUGCCCACCGCCACUCGUACCACUGGCUUCCGGGCUUUAAGUACAGCCACCAGCAGCAGUGGCCGCAACCGAAGCAGCGGCAAUGGUGGUGGGGAUGGCAGGGGCAGCAGCAGGAGGCGGUUUGUGAGCAGCCUUGGGGGGGAUUGGAGUGUUGGAGGCAGGGGCAGCAGAGGGCGAAGUAUUAGUGGGGAUGGGAGGUUGGGCGAUGGGGAGGAAGGUGGCAGCGGCAGUGGUGGUGCUGUGGCUGCUUCUUCUUCUCCUGCUAUGCCUGGUGGUGGUUCGAGCGAAACUCAACCUCCUCCUCCUCGCCGUCUUUCCUGGCUGCAACGUACGAAGGAAGGAGGUGAGGAGAUGGAGGAGAGCGAUGAGAGAGAGAGGGACAAGGGUGAGAGGGACGAGGGGGGGAGGUGGGGCGAGAAGAUGCAGGAGGCUCAAGGAAAGAUAGGGUACGGGCAGGUGGGCACGGAAGGGCAAGGGGUAGCACACAUGGCAGAAAACGAUGAGGAGGAAGGGGAGGGGGAAGGGGAGGAGCAGGAGGAAGAGGAAGAGGAAGAGGAAGCAGCGGGUGCAUAUGGGGACAGGAUAGAGGUGUACUCAGGGCACCGCAACGAGAAGACAGUGAAGGGCGUGUCGUUCUUUGGGCCGCGCUGCGAGUACGUGGCAAGUGGGUCGGACUGCGGACAUGUGUUUCUGUGGAGGAAGGUCGGCGGACAGCUCGUAGCCAUGAUGCCUGGCGACGUGCAUGUGAGUGCAUGGGGGGGCAUGUGCGUGGAUGGGGGGUGCGGUGGAUGUGCUUGUGAGAAAGUGAGGGCACCUGUGGUCAACUGUCUAGAGCCCCACCCAUCAGCCACCAUCCUCGCCACCAGCGGCAUCGAAUCAACGGUCAAGAUCUGGGCUCCUACAGCAACAUCCCCCAAGGGCCUGCCAUCCAACGCACAGAGCAUCAUGGAGGCAAACAAGCGGCGGCGCGAGCAGCCCUUUGGCGUGCCCAGAAUGGCCGCCGAUGUGGAGAUCCCAAGGCUGCGCCUGCAGCGCCAGCACGCCCAGCUGAUGGGGCGAGACCGGGUGGCAACUUUUGGAAGCUUGCUGGCGCUUGCUGCUGCUGUGGGGAGGCGGGGGGAGAGGAGGGGGGGAGGAGAGGGAGGGGGGAGGGAAGUAGGGAGGGAAGGGGGGAGGCGGGGGAGGGAGGGGGAAGCGGUGGAUGAGGGGAGGGAAGGAGAGGCAACCAUGGCAUCGCCCCGCGAGGUGCCAUUCCUCAUGCGCCUACUUGUCGCAUGGGUUACGUUCUACUACAGCAUAUUCAUGGACGCCAUCGCCAAGUCGGUCGGUGGCUUGCUGGAGGCGAACGUCUUCAAUGACGAGGUGUCCUCGUCAUCCAGCUCUCGCGCCUCCAACCGUACCGCAGAGCGGAAACGAAGGGCUGGGCUACGCCGGCGGAGAUACCAGUUGCUGCUAGAGGACCUGGACGGCAUGUGUUAA